AUGGGUGUCACAGCUGAAGACAUGAUUCCCGCGCCAGGGGAGUGGCCCGUGGACCCCCAAGAGGAUUUACCCAUUUCGGAAAAUCGCAUUUGGGUGGAUGGAUGCUUUGACUUCAGUCAUCACGCUAAUGCAUACCCAAAGCUAAGUUCUCUAGGCCAUGCGGGUGCCAUGCUCCAAGCCCGUAGAUUGGGAGACGAGCUUUUUGUCGGCGUACAUUCAGAUGAAGCAAUUCUCGAGAACAAGGGGCCGACAGUGAUGACAUUGGAUGAACGAGUAGCUGCGGUGGAAGCAUGUCGCUGGAUGACUCGCUGCGUUCCCUUUGCUCCAUAUGUGACAUUUUUACCUUGGGUGUCACACUACGGCUGCAAGUAUGUCGUUCAUGGAGAUGACAUCACAUCUGACAGCAACGGAGAAGACUGCUACCGAUUUGUCAAGGCUGCAGGGCGCUUCCGUGUUGUCAAAAGGACACCCGGUAUAUCCACAACCGAUCUUGUGGGUAGAAUGCUUCUGUGUACAAAGAAUCACUUUGUUAAGAGUGUAAAGGACACGCUUAUCGGGGUAGAAGGAUCUGGAAACCUGGAAGAACGCAAGCAGUCAGCCGAUAGUCUCAUGCAAAGAAUUCGUGAUUAUGCCACCGAUGAAACGGGCCUGCAGCCCGGUCCGCAGGUUUGGAUCUGGAGCGGAUCAAGCUCUGCAAAACUCGAAGAUACAGUGGAGGAACCAGGUGAAUUUGAGACCAUUGUAAAUGGGAAGCUACCGAGACCAGGACAACGGAUUGUCUAUGUUGAUGGGGGAUUCGACCUCUUCUCAUCCGGGCAUAUUGAAUUCCUUCGACAAGUCCUGGCCCAGGAAGAAUCGGAAGGUCACCGGCGGGGCUGGUAUAACCAAGCACAGAAAGAGAAGAGGUUUAAAGACCACGGAGAAGACUACGGCCCUGCUUAUGUCGUUGCUGGUAUCCAUGAUGACGACGUGAUAAACCACUGGAAAGGUCUCAACUAUCCAAUCAUGAACAUAUUUGAGCGCGGGCUAUGCGUUCUUCAGUGUCGCUAUAUUCAUGCCGUGAUAUUUUCGUCCCCAUUCUCUCCAAGCAAGCCUUAUCUGGAAGCCAUGCCCUUAGGUCCCCCAGAUGCAGUUUAUCACGGUCCGACUACGUUCAUACCUCUUACCUACGAUCCCUAUAUGGCACCCAAGAGGAUGGGCAUAUUCAAAGAGACUUCAAGUCACCCAUACCAGAAUGUAAAUGCUGGUGAAAUUGUUGACAGGAUACUGAAAAGCAGGGAAGCCUACGAAGAAAGGCAGCGCGCCAAACUUGAAAAGGGUGCUGUCGAAGAGCUGGUUAAGUCCAAAGAAUUAGCGUCUGCCUAG